CUUCUGCCUUAGCGAGGGACCGGCCGAGCUGCCCCAGCCGUGCAAGGAGUAUGGCUACCUUUCAGCAAAAGAUCUUAAAUAUGAUCAAAUGUUUUAGAAGACAAUGGUGCUUAUUUCCAAACUCAGAAAGGACUACUGUUUGUGGUGCAGACUGCAUGAUGAUGGUUUUACAGCUAUCAAUGGCUGAAGUCAAUAAACAGCUUCAUGGAGAUUUCACAGUAUCUUUUAGUGAUGUGGUGGAAACCUGGAAAUACUUGCUACAUGAUAAACUGGGAUUGACAUGUGAGAAUAUGGAAGCACCUGAAAAUUAUGCUGAUAUCAAAAAAGCUUAUGACUGUUUCUUAAAGAGGAGUAAUAUGUUAGAUCUAAUUGAUAUCUGCCUGAAGUGUCAUACAUUAAUACCUGAAUCUGAAAUUGAAGAGAUGUCCCCUGUUCAACUGUUAAAAUUUAUCUCUGGCUUAUCAGAAGAGAACGGUUCUAGUCUUUCCAUACCCUCAACACCAAUGAGACACAGCCAGGAUAAUGUGAAGUUGCUAUUGAUCGUGAAGAAGUUUGUUUAUGCAUAUUUAAGCCUGUUGGUGAAUUCUAAGAAUGAUCUGGCCCUGGCUCAUGUUCUAAAUAUUCCUGAUAGAGGACUUGGAAGAGAAGCCUUCACUGACCUAAAGCAUGCUGCGCAGAAGAGACAAAUGUCCAUUUUCCUGAUGGCAACAUCUUUCAUCCGAAUGAUAGAACUUGGAGGAAAAGGUUAUGCACCUUCACCAUUUGAUACUUUAAGAACCCAUGUAAAGGGACUUUCAGACUUUGUUAAUUUUAUCGACAAGCUGGAAGAAAUCAUUGGCGAAGUCCUGGAUCCACGAAUUGCAGGGGGGCGAAUUCUAUCAACAAUCAAGAUGCACUUGAUAAAAGGCCGAAACAGUGGGGAUCCAUUCUGUCGAGCAGCAGAGGAAGUUUUACAAGAUUUGGAUUUGAGGAUUAAAAAUAUUAUCAAUUCUCAACAUGAAGCUGUGACUGCUAGCACCACUGGAAUUAGUCCAGCCCGGCCAAAAUUACAUGUCAUAAACCAUGGCACUGCCUACUGUGGCAGAGAAACUGUGAUGGCCUUACUAGCUCUUUUGGAUGAAGAAGCUGCCAAUCUUCCUACCAAAAACAAAGCAGAACUAUUAUAUGGUGAUGAAAAUGUAACUCCAUUUGGAAUCACCUCUGUCUUAACACUCUUUAGAUCUCCAGCACAAUCCACUGGGUCUUCUCCAAAACCUCUCAGACAACGUAUUAAAACAUCUGUUGGUGAAAGAAAAAUUAAGUGUUGCUGGAGAUGGGAGACUGGAAGAAAAAUGGAUGGGAUGGAGCUUGCAGCUCAAAUGAAGCAACCCUUAAUCAGGUCCCAGUUCGCUUGUACCUACAAGGAUGACCUGAUGACUGAGAAGAAGGGUCAGCACUUCUUCAGUAGGAGCCAAAUCCCGACUUGCAUACAUCCAGCACCAAAACAAAUGCUUUCUCUCUGUUUAGAGGCUGAGACUUUUGCAGAAGGUGUAAAGUCCCCUACUGAAAGAUCAGCACUUGGAACCAGUUCUGGAAAUGUUCUUCAGAAUGGAAGUAAAAGUGAAAAAGCAAAAAGUUGUCAGCCAAGAAACAAGAGCUCAAAGAGGAAACACAUGGCUCUGAAUAGUGAGAAAGUCAUCUGCAAUAAUGAAAAUGAACCAUCUCAGUACACAAAUAUUAAGAGACCCAAGAUAUCAAACAUACUACAGGAGAAAUUGGACAGCAAACUAGAUGGAGCAGCAAAAGGCAACAAGGCUACAGCCAAGAAUAAAUUGAUUGCUGGAAAUUUAGCUGAGUUUUCUUCAUCCCCGGUCUCUCUCCUUUCCUGUAUUGAUUCAAUAUUCUGAAUUUCAGUGUCAGCUGGAAAAGCCAUAGAUCCUUUCAAUGCAAGAUAAGAGUUUGGAGGCAGUUUCCCAUCUGAAAGGAUCAGUGCCGCAAACACCAAUAGGUCAGUACCCAGAUCAUAAUUUCAGAAGUUCCUCCCUCUCCCACUCUGAAUAGAAACUUCAAUUUUUGCCUCAAAUAAUCUUCCAGAUUUAAUGCCCUAUUAUCCCCUCCUGUGUUUAGAAACACAAUAAAGGUCUAUGGAAGGAAAUUUCUGUGAUGAUUCCUCCACAUUUUGCUGUUUGAGGGGCAGCAUUUGUCCCUCCCUGGGGAAAGUGUAAGGGGCCUGCCCAGACCUAGCAGAUCCCUAAGGGAUCUAUUUGAUGCCAGGGCCAUCUGCACAGUGACCCUGUACCUCUGCACUAGUUCUGAUUUCCGUUUAUCCACCCUGUGAGGAUCUGCGGGCCCUGAACCUGGGCCCGUAGGCCACUGCCGCAUCCCCGAUACCACUGGAUGGCUAUAGUAAUGACAGGAGAAUUGGGACCCCUAAGGCCUUGCACUCCACCAGAGUCCCUGAUUCAGCUGGUUACACUAUUUAAGCUAGAAAGAGAAACAGGAAGUUGUCUGUGCGACAAGAUGGAUUCUGGGUUACUGCUGCUACAGACCCUCUUGUUCAAUAUCUGACUUUCAAUCUCGUCUCCAGCUCCUGACUUCAACCCUGCCCUGUACCUGGCAUCUGCUCUCAGCCUCGUUCUGGUCGCGGAACCCUGUCGGCCUGGUUUUUGACUGCUCCAGCUCCGACCCUAUGCUACUGACCCUCAGCUUUGGCUUCUGUUUCCUGUUUGACCCCAGUUCUGACUUUUGCCCCUGGUCCCAUGGUUCCUGUCUUUGGACUGCCCAUUGGCCUAUGGUUCCUGAACACUGCACUGAAUGGCAGGCUGGCCUGCCUAUGUCCAGGUCAUUGCGCCAGUCUUCCACAGGCUCUGACACACCCUUACUCCAGUCUUUAAGAGAUAUCUGCAUACACAUGGCACUCAGCUAGUCAGAACAACUUACCAGACUAUCAGGAAACUGUCCACGCAGCUGAGUAAACAAAAAAAUGAGCACCUCCCCUUUUCCAAUUUCUUUAAUAUUUACUUCCUUGUUUACAUUUUUUUGUAAUCCCACUUUAUAUUUAGCUAAAAUUCACUUUUGCAUCAAACUGCUAUUGUGAUUUCUUGCAUUAACCCUUUUUCUCUAUCAGCAGGUAUCUUCUCUCCACCACUGACUGGUACCAAGGAGAGACUUGGACCAGUGCCUACUCCUAUUCCAGACAAUUAUAAUAAAUGUCAUCAUAGGUUCAUGAAAACUUACUUCAAAAUAGAAGUUUACCAAACGCUUUCAAUUCUCAAUAAAACAACAAAAUUCAUGUUUUAGAUCAGUUUGAACCAAUUUGAUCAAAAUACAAGGUGCCUCUCUUUGCUCAGCAUGAAAUCAUAUAAUCAUAGAAUAUCAGGGUUGGAAGGGACCUCAGGAGGUCAUCCACUCCAACCCCUUGCUCAAAGCAGGACUAAUCCCUAGACAGAUUUUUGCCCCAAAUCCCUAAAUGGCCCCCUCAAGGAUUGAACUCACAACCCUGGGUUUAACAGGCCAAUGCUCAAACUGCUGAGCUAUCCCUCCCCCCCAACCUAGUCCUAUAAUCCAUCCUUGGAUGGCUGAAGGAGGAAGGAAGAUAGGCUUUGGUUUGGGUUGAGCCUUUUUAAGAAAAUUUAAAAAACAAACAAACACUUAUCUGUGAGUUGGGAAGGGCACUUUGCUUCCCACAUUGUUGUUACUAAGGACUCUCCAGUUGCUAUUGUUUGGGGGGAAAGUCCUAUUAUCUAAAAGUCAUGGGGUAUGCUGCCACCAAAAUGAAUGCCAAAUUCAAUGGGUGCAUCUGUGUCCAAUGCAUCUAGGUGUUCACAAUCUAAAUAAAAUGCAUAUUUUUCCUUUUAGGCUUCAAAUACUCCACUUCUGGCAGAAAACUAAAAUAUUUUAAAUUACGACAACUAAAUUCAUAUUAUAAAUUGCUGCCUAAAAUCUUGUCUGUUAUCAAAUAGCCUUUUCUUUUCACGUUUAAUAUUAACUUAGUUCUUUUUAGUACCGCUUACAUCAGUAAUUUACAAUUAUUUUAAGUAACUCCUCCUGCUUUUACAUGGAAUCGUGUUACUGUGAAAUCAGACUUAAUCUAAAAUCUAAUGUGAAAUGCAAAAGUAAAUAAAUUUGGUCGAUGACACUUAA